AUGACAUCUACAGCGAAUGCUUGGAUUAAAAUCCAUGGACAUUUUGGGUCAACUCAAGUGAUCACUGUUCCACGAGGUCAUAAUCUUAUUGAAAUUAAAAAUCGAAAUCUUGGUCUUCUGUCAACUAUCCAAGUUGGACAUGACAAUUCAGGUUCAUCUCCGAAAUGGUUUAUAGAAUUUAUUCUCGUAUUCAACCGUAUGACUAAUCAUCUUUACUUAUUCCCUUGUUAUCAUUGGUUUGGCUUAGGAAUUGAAGAUGAUGCUUUAGAACGUGUUCUAGUUGGUGAGCAGAUCCGUAUUGCUUCGAAUGACCCGCAUCUUUUAUUCACUGCUCCACCUUCUGAUCCUAUUGAGUGCUUUCAAAAUUUGCCUAAUCGUUGCUCGUCUCCAUCAAUGUCAAGACGGAAUUCUGAUCACAAAAAAUUAAGUGCGGUAAUGAUACAUGAACGUGUAGCCAGUGCAGUAAAUCGUUUGCUGAAAUACUUUUGUAAAGCAAAUCGUUCCAGUACAACAACAAGCUUGACAUCGUUAUGGUGUGGAGAACAUGGUCUAGUUCCGGCACUGAAUUUGGUUUUUAUAAAAGUUGCUGUCAGUUUUUCCAUGGAACUAAAGCCCAGUGGACACGGACCAAAUACCUUACAAAUAUCUGAUUCUCAAAGUUCCUCUGCCUCUAAAUACUUACCGUUUUCUACUCACAGUCUACCACGUUCGUUGACAUCUAAAAAUCAUCGUGGUUCUAUCAUCAAUAAAGAUAUCGACUUAACUUCAUCAUCAAUAAUGUUAGCGAAAUCAGGAGGACUCCCUCACUCUCCAUCAUUUUCUUUGGUGAAUGAAACAUACUCAACGAGUAACUACGCUGAUGCUAGAACGUGUGCGGCAUCUCGAACUAAUCUGUUCUCAUUCUCCCAACCUGCUUCACCUGCUGUAUCUCGUUUAAUUCCACAUGAAAAUUUGGAUUCACAAAAUCCAAUUUUCACAUCUGCUGGUAUUCCACCUAACAGUUUAUGUUCAAUGCCUGACAUGCAACGUAUUGCAUUACAGUUCAUCAUGUGUGUGCAAAAUGUGACGACUAAUAGUAAGUCUUUAGGCAAAGAAGGCAAAUUUCAGCGUUUCAUCUGCCGUGCAAUUCGUGACCAUCUUCUAGCCAACUGGUUAUCCCUUCUUGCCAUAAGUCCAGUUACACUGCAAAUGUAUGAACCAAGAAGUUUUCUACUGAAUCCUAAUUUACGAGAAACAAUUCAAGACUUGUUGAUUUCAUUAGAUGAAUUCAAUUUCCCAUUCGAAGCAACACUUCUAGGAGAAACGUAA